GUAGAACCUAGGGUAUCAGGGAACAUGGCUUGCAUAUGCUCUCCCCAGUCCAAAGGUGAUUAUAGGAACGCGUAAAUGUACAUACAGAGCAAGCUGGUAGGCACGUUCACAGGGAUACAAGAUACGUCUUGGACGCACGACAAGCUGACAAACGCACAAACCUGUUCACGAAUGCGUGAUCAUCUAGUCGCACGCCUAUAGUAGCGUAACGCGUGUUGUGCACGAUAUAGAUUGUUGUCCUUACUUUUGAGCGGCAAAAGCGACAAUGGAGUCCAGGUCGGAGGCGCGGGUCUACAGCGGGCAGCGCGCAUCAACGUCGGCGAGCUUACACGUUAAGCGGUCCGUGCGCUGUCGAGCCUUACGAGACAAUGCGCCAGAGGGAGAAUCCCUCUGCCGCUUUCCAACAGCAAGCGUAGCUGGUCAGGACUGGCGCGCCUUCCGAGCCCACCUAGUAGCCUGGGAGCGCGCUGCUCGGCGCGCUGCGCAGCCCAGGACACAGCUCCAGCGGCCGCCCUACCCGCCCCUGGUGUCGGGUGACAGCUGGGCGCACCCCCUCGCUGAGCCCGAACGCGGCUGCCUGCUGCUCGCGCGACAUGACAACAUGAAGUUCUUCUCGGGCUCUGUGGUGCUGAUCGCCUCACAUGACGAGGCGGUUGGCUCUCUGGGUUACGUGCUCAACAAGGCCUCGCCGCUGCGCGUGAGGGACCUGCAGGUGCUGGGACCGGCGGAAGGGGGUUUCAUGGAGGCGUUCGGCAGCUCGCGGCUGCAGCUGGGCGGCCCGGUACACAUCGACCACGUGACACUGCUGCACCGCUUCAGAGGCCUGCGCCGCAGCCAGCAGAUUGCGGAGGGGAUGUUCAUGGGCGGCCUGCCGGACGCCAUUCGGCUGAUCCAGGCCGGCAUGGCGCGACCCUCCGACUUCCACCUAGCCCUCGGCAUGAGCAGCUGGGCGCCUGGGCAGCUGCGGGCGGAGGUAGCCGCGGGACACUGGCACCUCAUCAGCGCGAGUCCGGACCUGGUGCUGCCCGCAGCGUCAUCACCGCCCGCCGCCUGCUGCGAACCGCCCAUGUCGUCGUCAUCCGCAUCCCACGCGGUGACCUGCUCUUCAUCAUCGGCAUCACCUUCGACCCAUGGGUCACAUGCGCAGCAGCAGCGAACACAGCAGCAGCAUUCAGGCGGGUUGGAUGGGAGGUGCCCGGGGAGGGAUGCUGCGGCAGAGGGGUGUGUGGCAGAGUCGGACGGUGGCGAGCAGCAGCAGCAGCAACAGCAGCUGCUGGCAGAUGCGGGGAGCUGUGGGGUGUGCAUGUACAAGCGGAUUGCGAGGCUGGCGGUCCGAGGAGCCUAGGGAGCGCUGGGGAGCAGCCCAAGGGGCUUGUGCAAAGAGGUUUCCGCUCUGGGGUACGCCGCGCAAACAGGAGUUGGGAAGGGUGAGGGAGCGAGUGAGCGGUACGAGGGGUUGGACAGGAUAGGUGGUGGCUGAAGCGGUUGGGUACCCUAGUAGUGAUGCGGUGGGGGGUGGUUAGGUGGACGUGAUCAUCAUACCCCGGCGUGCCGAGGUAGGUGGCUGGCUCCCAGGCUGGCAUGUAUUUAAAUGUUUUAUUCCUCUUUUUAUAGCCUGGAUUUGAGAAGAAAACAAAAGGGUUUGUUGUGGGCGUUCGCGGCGUGCGGUUUGACGUUGGUUGGAACUUGGAAGCAGUUUGAGAUGUACGACUUUACAUGAUCAGCAGGUUACGGCAGCAAUGUUCGCUGCUGCGUUCGGUAUAGUAUAAAAUAGCGGAAUCCGUAGCGGGGGCGGGGUGUGUCAUGGGGAGCGAGCGGAGGGUCUGUUGCUCCCAGACAACCAGGAACCGUACUGCCGUUCCACGGGGCGGGUGAUAACCCGGGAAGCGAGGCUUGCAGCCAUUCCGCCGGCGCCGCCAAGGGUGCCGGUACCUGGGCUGCGACUCAACCAGACUGGGAGUGCUGGAGAUGUACAUAAUAAGCCUUUGCAUGAAUACAGAGUCUACGAGGACGAUAUGCACUGUAGGCGCGGUCGCAAGGGGGGAUGUAGUGUGCUUGUGUAUUCAAAAAACUGGCCGCGAGUAGGAAUGCACUGGAUUGUGUGAUAAAUAAUGUGUUGGGGUAUGGUGUGUGGCUAACUGUCAACCAGAUGUCUUCCUGGACGUACCCUGCUGUACCUGUACUUUGACGAUGCGGCGGGAGUCGCAGUGUAGCUGAAUUCGCUGUAGUUUCAACGCUAUCCCAGGUUCCCAGCCCGUGCAAAGGAUUUGCAUCGAUAGACUCCCGACUGUGUCAUUGUGGUGGUGUUUUUUUGACAUGUGGG